AUCAUGUCUGAGAGUAGAGGAUAUGUUAUGUAGUGAACCAUUCACCUCUAUCAUGUCUGAGAGUAGAGUAUAUGUUAUGUAGUGAGCCAUUCUGGGAGUAGGGAGUCUAGUGUUACGCACAUCACCUGAACCCAGGUUGCACAUAGAAAGCAUCAGUAGAGUUAGAAGUCAUUGUCACACACUCGUGUUUGUUAUAUUUACCUGCCUAUAGUCUCCCUAAUAACAGGUCACAACAGUGUGAACUAAGUUUGAAAAGUUGAUGGUGUGUGUCCAUUUGAAGUGGUUGUUGUAGCGUUCCAUUCCAGUUGUACUUGGAGUGACUGUCUUUGAAUGACAAACCCACAAAUUAAUGCUCUGAAAAUAAUUGUGUUUUGUUGUUUAACCUCAUUUAUCCCUAACCUAUGACUGUAUCACACACAACUAGGCCUACUUCGUGUUCCUAUUGGUGGAGAGGUUCUAGAGCAGACACCACUGGGGUAUAGACAUUCUGUAUAUUUCCUGUUAUUUGAAGGCUCAGUUUAGUUGUGAUGUGAAGAUCUUGUAUUAGCAGGAUGUCUGCACUCUGUCUGUGUUGUGAAGUCUUCCUCUGCCUUCUUUGCUGCACCUUGGCUGAGAAAGAGAGCAAGGGACUGCUGGUCCGAAAGCAGGAGGGAGACACUGUGACCAUCCACUGCAGCACCUCUCUGCCAGACCAAGAAAACCUGGGUGUGUCCAUGCGCCUAACAAAAGAGAUUCUAGUCCUCUACUUUCACCAGGCAACAAAAAAAUUAACCCUCCACGAGAGGUUCAAACUCAGAUUGACGACUAAUGGAAGACUCAACAAAAUGGACAUCACCAUCACAAACCUGACCAUAGAAGACUCUGGGGCCUACUGGUGUGUGUACGGUGUUUAUAAGAAAAACAAGAUUGAGAAGACUGAGGGGGAAGGAGCUGUUUUGCUGGUGGUGAAUGAUGAGGAGUGUGACCAGAAUGACACAUCCUCAGGGCUAGGAAUGUCCUGGUAUCUGGUCCUGGUCUCAGCUGUCACUGCUGGCUCUGUGCUUCUCCUGAGUCUGCUCAUCCUCUUCAUCUGGGUCAUCCCCAGGUUAAAGGCAUGGCGUGCAACGAUUAGACCAACACAGGGCAAGAGUAGCGAUGUCUAUGAAGACAUGCGCACCACCAUCAGACGUGCACACCCCCCUCAGAUGGGUUAUUAGUGAUGUUGCACGGCAGCCAUCUUUAAUUUUGGCACCAACCUAAGACAGGUUGCUACGGGUGUUGCACAGCAGCCAUCUUUACUUUGGGCACGACCUUCGGACAGCUUGUUACUGAUGAUGCACGGCAGCCAUCUUUAAUUUGGGUCCAAAUGGAAGCUCAUGUCAGCUGACUAGGAGACAAUUAUGUAAACAUACUGUAAUACAUGAUGUCAAUGAAGGACUUUGAAAGAUAUAUUCUCAGGUUGUGUUAAGUAGCAAGGGCUUGCAUCAAUGAUGUACUCUUAUGUCAGUCAUUCAACCUCAAGGUAAGAUACCUAUAUACUGUAGCUACUUAAGUACACAGCAUUGUAUGUGACUGACAUCACACAUUGUAAAUGGUUGUUCAUACAGAGGUUUGUUAUAGUCCUUGACCCUGACGUAGCAGGUAGAAUUUGAGUCUUGUAAUUACAACCACAAUUUAACUUGAAAAUAGCACUGAUUGCUGUGCAUGGAAUUUCAUUGUCUUUAGCUGUACAUUCUAUUUUUCUUUAUAGAUUGACAAUAUCUUUUUUAACAACUUUUAAAUGUUGAAUUGAUUCUCUAUUGUAUAUAUAUUUUUUAACAUAUUUGAUGGCUUUGGGCCUAUGCCUAUUUUUCAGGCACCAGGCAACUUUUACUGCUAUUUUAUUGUAAUACUUUUGCAUUCUUUAGUUCCUGUACUGAUCAUGUUGUUCCUGUAAUGAUAGUCAAUUUUUUAUAAUAAAUGAGUCAAAAGACUAACA